AUGGCGGCGGCAGAGGAGACCAAGACCAUCUUAUUCUUCCAUCCCGAUCUUGGGAUUGGAGGGGCAGAAAGAUUGAUCAUCGAUGCUGCAGUAGGACUUCAGAAUCGUGGCCAUAAAGUUGUUAUGUUCACAAGCCAUUGCGACCCAAAACACUGCUUCGAUGAAGCUCGGGAUGGAACUCUUGAUGUACGCGUGCGCGGCAACUGGCUAGUGCCCCCUUCCAUCCUAUCUCGAUUCUCCAUCAUAUGCGCCAUUCUACGACAAUUACAUCUCAUCUUUUGGACAUACUUCACAUCCGAGCUCAGCGCAUUACAACCGGAUGCUUUUGUAGUAGACCAGCUAAGUGCUGGUCUGCCAUGGCUAGCAUAUCUGUAUCCUGGUACCCGCAUAUUAUUUUACUGCCAUUUUCCCGAUCUCUUACUCGCCCAAGGCCGGUCUUCUUUGUUGAAGCGCGUCUAUCGGAUACCGUUCGAUGCUCUCGAGCAAUGGAGUAUGAGUUUUGCGGACUCGGUGGCGGUAAAUUCGGGUUUCACAAAGGCCAUGGUGGGGAAGGUCUGGCCGGGUCUUGCUGAGUCGAAGGAUCUAAAGAUUGUAUAUCCUUGUGUGGAUGUUAAAGAAAAGACCUUUGAAGAGAGUGAAGGCAUUGUUGCUGCUUGGAAAGACAAGAAAGUCUUGUUGAGCAUAAAUCGAUUUGAAAGGAAGAAGGAUAUUGGCCUAGCUAUUAAAGCGUACGCAGGGCUUGGGAAACACGGGCGGAAAGGCGUGAGGCUUGUACUCGCAGGCGGAUACGAUAACCGGGUGCAAGAAAACGUGCUAUAUCACACGGAGCUCGUAACUCUAGCCGAAUCAUUCGGCCUCAAGACUGUCACGGCGGGAAAUAUCGUGACAGCUUUGAAUAUCUCCCACGAUGUGGAUGUUCUGUUUUUACAAUCAGUACCAAACACACUGAAAGACAUGCUUCUCAAAUCGGCAUGUCUCCUUAUAUAUACUCCCUCUAACGAGCACUUUGGCAUUGUACCCCUGGAGGCCAUGCUGGUGGGCGUUCCAGUUCUAGCAGCAAAUACAGGCGGGCCUCUCGAGACCGUUGUGGACGGCAAAACAGGCUGGCAUUGCUCGCCUGAAGAUACGGAGGGCUGGACUGCAGUCAUGGAUAAGGUGCUGCACAAAAUGUCCAAGAAGGAGUUGGAAGCCAUUGGCAGAGCAGGCAAAGGAAGAGUGGAGAGAGAGUUUUCUAAUGUGAGGAUGGCAGAGCGACUUGAUGGAAUUAUUGAUGGCAUGGCUGAAAGUGAACGGAAGAGUACACACGAUGUGUCGUCAUUCUUGAUGGUUAUGGCCAUCGCGACAUCGGACGCGGCGUACUUUUUGGCCUCGCAAAGUCGAACGCUGAACGAGAACGGGAUUGGAUUUCUUCUGCCUCCUUUCACGAUUACUGCCCUAUCGGUUAUCUCUUGGCUUGUACCGAGGUUGUGGGGGCUAUGGUAG